AUAAAGUACACAUUCCGAAAAUUACUUCGUCCUACGCAACUUCAAACGCACCAAAAAUGUACAAAAUUUUCGUCACCUUCAUCGUCGCCAUGAUGAUUGGAAUGAGCAUCCAACAAGGACCAAGUGCGCAAAUUGGUAUAGGCGGCAGUCAAGAAGCAUCUGGCAGUGUUGCUGGUAGUGGAAGUGGCAGCCUCUCUUCUGGUGGUCCAGGAGUCAAUGGUUCAUUUGGAUUGGGUGGAAACGAGGGCCUCAAUGGAAAUGCGAGCUUGGGCGGCAGUUUGGGCUGAUUAAGGGGAAAGAACUACGAACAUCAGCAAGAAGAGAAGACACCAUGUUGAAUAUUAAACCAAUUGUAUUACGUCACAAAUCAAACGCAAUCAUAAAAAAAAUGUACAAAAAUAAACUCUAUAAUAAAGUUCUAUACAGUUGAUUAUCGACUGCUAGUCAAUUUUUAGUUAAUGUAAAAGUACGCACAAUGUAAGCACCAUUAUUUUGUUAAUAAAUAUUUCUUGAC